GGUAGGAGAUACAGGUUUUUGGAGAAACGAGGAAUUGUCAUCCUCGCUUAUCCAUCCGUAGAGUCCCUCCGCCCCCAAAUUUGAACUCUGGCUGUUUUUACCAGGAGGCUUGAUGGACUGUGUGUGCACGAGUGAGUGAGUGUUGCAGGGUGGGGUGAGGUGUGGGAAAGCGAGAAAGGACAAUGCUGCAGAUUCUGCUUCGUCAUGAUGCCGGGUUAAUGCUCCUCUUGUUUAAAAUGGAUUGAGCUGCAGCAGAGCCGAGGUAGACGAGCAACACAGACAAACACACACACCCUGCUUGCAGCCACAUGCUAUCAGCUGGAGGUGGGGAGGGUGCAGGGAGGGCGCGUGGGGGAGCCAGGGCCCGCCCGCCAUCCUGCCCGUCUGCCGGCCCGCCUACCAGACACGGACUCCCCAGCACCAGGGGAUCUGAGCGGCUGUGGCUUGUGGAGAAACGGGGUGGGAGCCCAGCGGGGAGAUCAGACUGCUCAGCCGAGACCAGCUCCCCUCCUUCGCCAGCUCCCACCCCACCUACCUCAAGCCAGCUUUUUUCCCGUUAUUUGUGCUCUGGGAGAGUGCAGCUGGGUUCCUGGAAGAGGCGCCUCUUACCUAGGCUCUUGAGAAAAAAAAGCAGCAGCUGGUGGAGCUGGGCCUACACCUCUCCCUACCCCUGGCCUUAGGACCUCAGAGCAUCCGGGCCACCUUGUCUGGGAAAAGACCCUCCGCUUGGUCUGCACCCUGAAGAAUCACCGAGGGAUGAGGACGCUACAGCUUGGUGGUACGACCUUUCUGCUUUCGCGGCCCCAAACACGCAGCACCCAGGAGCGGAGCCGAGCCUGAGCCCUUGUCCUCUUCCUCCCACCCAGGGCUCUGUGAGUGAUCUGACCAGCGAGCUCCCUGCUGCAUGGAACGGCAGCAGAAGCAACCACUUACCUCCCCAGGGAGCGUGAGCUCCUCCCGAGGCUCCAGUGUUCCCGGCUCUCCCUCCACCAUCGUGGCCAAGAUGGACAAUCAGGUGCUGGGCUACAAGGACCUGGCUGCCAUCCCCAAGGACAAGGCCAUCCUGGACAUUGAGCGGCCUGAUCUCAUGAUCUACGAGCCCCACUUUACCUAUUCCCUCCUGGAACACGUAGAGCUGCCCAGAAGCCGGGAGCGCUCUCUGUCACCCAAAUCUGUAUCCCCCCCACCAUCCCCAGAGGUGUGGGCAGAGAGCCGAUCCCCUGGAAUUAUCUCUCAGGCUUCAGCCCCGAGAAUCACUGGAACCCCCCGGACCAGCCUGCCCCAUUUCCACCACCCUGAGACCUCCCGCCCAGAUUCCAACAUCUACAAGAAGCCACCCAUUUACAAGCAGAGAGAGUCUUUGGGAGGCAGCCCUCAGAGCAAGCACCCCAUUGAGGACUUCAUCAUCGAGUCAUCCAAGUUCCCUGCGGCCCAGCCCCCUGACCCCAACCAGCCGGCCAAGAUAGAAACUGACUACUGGCCAUGCCCCCCAUCACUGGCUGUUGUGGAGACAGAAUGGAGGAAGCGGAAGGCAUCUCAGAAAAAGGAAGAAGAAGAGGAGAAAGCUGAUGACUCUGAAGAGGAGAGGAAGGCUUUCAGGGAGCGUCAGAAAGAGGAACUCAGUAAGGUUACUUCCAACUUGGGAAAGAUAAUCUUGAAAGAAGAGAUGGAAAAGUCAUUGCCUAUCCGGAGGAAAGCCCGCUCCCUGCCUGACCGAACACCCUUCCAUGCCUCCUUGUACCCUGGAACAUCUAAGUCUUCUUCUCUCCCCACCUAUGGCAGAACCACACUGAGCCGGCUACAGUCCACAGACUUCAGCCCAUCGGGGACUGAGACCGGAAGCUCAGGCCUGCAGAACGGAGAGGGCCAGAGGGGGAGGAUGGACCGGGGGAACUCCCUGCCCUGUGUGCUGGAGCAGAAGAUCUAUCCCUAUGAAAUGCUGGUGGUGACCACUAGGGGGCGAACCAAGUUGCCUCCAGGCGUGGACCGGAUGCGGCUUGAGAGGCAUCUAUCAGCCGAGGACUUCUCAAGGGUAUUCUCCAUGUCUCCUGAAGAGUUUGGCAAGCUGGCUCUGUGGAAGCGGAAUGAACUCAAGAAAAAGGCCUCCCUCUUCUGAUUGCCCCCUCCCUCUCCAUGAUCAACCCCUCCCUCUGCUGCUUCAGGGCUCUGGAGCUGGGGUUAUGAGAUCGCAAAACAUCCUCUUCCCCUGGUGGGCUGGGAGCAGUCAUCUCUUGGAGAGUAGGAAGGUGGGACGGGGUGGGAUUGGCUCUAUUCCCCAGGUAGGUGGGGAGACCAAGGCCUCCACAGUCCUGGGGUUGUGAGGCAUGGACUUUCUUCCCCAUAAUGAGCUAAGGGGAUCUCCUCUGACAUCCCUGGUCCUCACUGCACAGGGCAGCCCAGCCUCGAUUCCAGCACACAGAGAGUUAAUGUUUGUGCCCUCUCCCUGCCUCCCACCCCACACAAAGGUCCCCAGAAGAGGGCAAGGAGAAAUCAAAGUGGGGGUUCAGUUGUCAGCGUUUGUGAACAAUGAGCAGGAAUUGCCCUGGUGGGAGUCGGUGGGAGGCAGGAAGCAGCCAGGCAGAACUCCGGGACCUUGUGUGUGCCCAAGCACUCUACCACACCUCACUUUGACAGCUUCCCCUGUACCUAGGACUCCUGCUUCUCUGGCUCUGGAAGGAGCCAGCUAGAGUUCGGACCUCCAGCAGGGAGGCCAGCCUUCCCUCUAGCUCUCCCUGUUCUCAACUUGCACCCCUCAAGCUUCAAAGCCUCUUGCUCAGCUCUGCGGCUUCCCCAGAAGCCUUGGCUUAGAGUGGAGAUGUUGCCUAUACAAAACUCCAGCCCACUAUCAGCUUCCAGGCAAAGUCAGCUAGAAUUCUAUCUUCUAGCACCGAACAGGUACUGGACUGAACUCGGGCCUUCUAGGUUCCCUUGGAGGGACCAAGAGGCCAGGCUACAAAGACCUUUCUGAGUGUCCUGGCUACCAAGCCACACCCAUAACCGUGCAUCCCACACCAGGCUCUCUAAAGAAUGUAAUUUAUUGGGGCACCCCCAGCUGCUUUCCUCACCUAACUCUCCGCCCUACCUUAAUCACACUCUCAGAUUUUCUUCUCUACAAAUACAUAUGUGUAUAUAAUUAUAUAUAUAUAUAUUUUUGCCCAGGUCUGGGUUUUGUUCCUGCCUAGACCCUGGCAUCCCUUUCCACUGUGCGUGUGAUAAUGCUGGGGGAGGGAGACUCUGCUUGGAAUUAAAAGGUUGUGUUGAGUUCCCAAAUCUAUUUGUUCUUUAUGAGGCACCAGUCCUGGGUGAGAGGGGCAGGUAAUGUCAGGCUGAGGGAAGUCAUGGGAGUCAGAGUUCAAGUACAGGCACACAAGGGAUGGAGGGAGUGUGGAGACAGCACACACUACUCUUCCCUCACCCUCAGGCCACAAAAACUGGCUGUCUACGCAGUGCCCUGUCUUCCUCCUCUGCUUCAGCAGCUCUGUGAUGGUAGCAACGGAGGAGGGGGCAGAAACCUUUGUGUUUGGGGGCUGGAGGGAGCGCACAUUCUGAGAAAGGAGCCUGAUAGGAGAGCCAGCUAGAAGAAAAGGCUGCUUCUGUCCUCCACCAAGGGCCUACACCCUCAUCUUGGCCAUCAAGCUAACCAACAUCUGACAGGGCUGUACUCUCAAAGGCCCAAGUUCAAUGGGGAGGACACACACCCAGAAAAGGUCAACAAGAAUGUGAAUCUGUGGUGAACAGACUGUCAAGGAUCAGACAGAGAAAACUAAGAAAUGGAGAAAAGCAGCAAAAAACAUACCAGGGGCCAGGGUUAAAUGGAGGCCAAAGGAGGAAGAUGAUGGUUAGGUCUUGGUUGGUUUGGCAAGGCUUCCAAAGGGGGAGUAACCAUGCUAAAGGGGAGCUGAGAUGAUGACGAUCUGAAUGGAAGAAGAGGAGGACUGAGGGUGUGUGUGUGGGCUGGGGGAACAGGAUGUGUAUGUGGGACAAAUGAAGGGGCCUGUGGUCAGAGGGAUCAGGUGAGUUGGAGGAGUGUCCAAGUUGUGAACCUAAGGCUGGGGUUGGUACCUGAUCCAAGUCUUCUAUUCCCAGAACGAGAGUCUAGCUCCUUUGGCUGAAACAAAACAAAGUGGAUAAAGAGUCAUCUCAGUUGAAACCAUUCUUUUAAAUUUUAGGUGUUCUGUAAGCGGGUUUAUGGGUUGCAUCCAUUAUUGUCUUAUCCUUUCAACAAACCUGUGAGGUCAAUAGGACAGAUAACUUCGAUCCUUUUAGCCAACGAGAAAAUUGUGGAAUAGAAAAAUUUUAUCUGAAGCUACAUACAACUACUGAGUGGAGAAUGGAAACACUCAAGUUUCUUGACUUCUGACUCAAGACUCUCCCAAUAUGUAAUGUACCGUUACCUCUCAAGGGGAAGUGGAGGAGGGCAGAUUAGAGGUGCAGAGAGAGACAUCUACACACAUAGCUCAUAUCAGGCAUUCAGCUAAGUUGGAAGGCUAACCCUGUUCCAAGCAUUAGGGACACAGGGUGACAAGGUAGGCAUGCUCCCUGUCCACACGGAGCUCCCAGGCUGUUGGGGGAAAUGUCAAGGUCAGUGAGCACCAAGGGAUACUGAAGGCAAUGCUUGACCAGAGUUAAUAGGGAAAAGCUUGCCAUGGGGGGCAGAUGUGAUGCUAAAUUCUAAAGGAUUUUAAGUUGCUGAAUUUAGAACAAUUCAAAGGGAAGCUUUCUGCCCCUAAAGCAAAACCUUAGAGGGUCUCUCAGUGCUUCCUCCCCACAAUACACACACAGGCACAU